UGGAGAAAAUGAUACCAAGUUUCAGACAGACAGAUAAGUUCAAGUUCCGAGACUCGUGGACGUGUGUUGUUUAGUAUCUUCAUUUCGAUGAUGGAGACACCCGAAAACGAGCGGAGAUGUCUUAAGGGUAUCAGAGGACGUUUUAUCAGGAAAGCUCAGAUAACUUCUCCAAAGACUGAAGAAAGCAUCAUAAGCCUUAGUAAUUUUUAUGUGCUACAGGACAUUCCAAAUCUCACCCUAAAGGUUGCCGGUACUGGGGACCUAAAGGAAUUCGCCCGUCUGUACAAUGAAGAUCCCUCGAGACUGUACAUCCAGAACAGUGAUGGCCAGGUCCCGGUCCACUUGGCAGCCAUUAAAGGAAGACUUAACAUUCUGGAAUUUAUUGCACUGCAUGGAGGCGACUUCAACAUCAAAAACAAACAAGGGAACACGGCUCUGCACCUCGCUGUAGAAGAAGGACAGAUCAACGUCAUCAACUUCCUCAUUGACCACGGCGCGCUCACCGACAUUCUGAAUAACGAGAAACACGCACCAAUCCAUUUGGCUGUGUCGCUUGGCAACGUUGAUGCUUUAAAGGCUCUACUUCAGCAUGACCAGGUGGAUGUGAACCAGGCCGGUGAGAGUGGCUUCACACCUCUCCACUACUGCGCUGUCACCGACCACGACAAAUGUGCAGAGAUUCUGCUACAAUAUGGUGCCAAGCCCUGUAUCAAGUGUGAUUUCGGGUUCUACGCCAUCCACGCCGCGGCCAAAUCAGCAUCGUCGAAGACUCUAGAAGUCCUGAUUAACUAUUCGGAAACUAGUGGUUAUACACCAGCGGAAAUAUUGUUAUGGAAAGACAUGGAGAACAACAUACCUCUCCACUCGGCCGUAAACGGCGGCAACAUUAAAGCCGUGGAAAUGUGUCUCAAAGCAGGUGCACCCGUGAAUGCUCAACAGGACGACCAGGCGACACCGGUCCAUUUCGCCUGUCUUCAGGGAAAUCUCGACAUGCUUCAUCUCAUGUACAACUCGCAGCCGGACAAAUUUGAAAAGGCUGUGCACAUCGCCGACAGCUGCGGCAUGACGCCGCUACACCGUGCUGCGCUGUUUAACCACGUCGCUGUCGUGACGUACCUGCUGGAGAAAGGAGCUGACGUGAAUGCCAAAGACUGCCAAGACCGCACGCCGUUGUUGCUGUCGGCGUCGAAGGGAGGGUGGCAGACGGCGAAGUGCUUGUUGGAGCACAACGCAGACAUAUGCGUGAAAGACGAACACAACCGAAACUUUCUACAUAUAGCCAUUAAGUUUGGUGGCCAACUAAGUCAUUUUUCAGAGUUUGUACAGCUUGUGAAGAGUCACUUGGAUGAGAAGGACGACUACGGCUGCACGCCGCUCCACUACGCGUGUAAGGAAGGUAAUCUCACGGCCAUCGACGAGCUGCUGAAGAUGGGCGCUAUCAUCAACGUGAAGAACAGCGAAAAACAGAGUCCAUUCCAUUUUGCAGCCAAGUAUGGUCGAUUCAACACAUGUAAACGUCUACUGGAGACUGACCAGGGUCCAAAUAUUAUCAACGAAACUGAUGGCAAGGGUAGAACAGCUGUCCACAUCGCGUCAAUGAAUGGCAACACCAAGAUCAUCAGUCUCCUCAUGAAGAAAGGCGCAGUGUUUGCUAAAGAUUACGAAAGCAACAAUGCCCUGCAUUACGCGGCCAAGAAUGGUUAUACCCGGAGCAUCCGUCUGUUAGUGAGCGUCCAUUACAACCUCUUGAACGCAGCCAACGUGAACGGAGAAACAGCUUUACAUGCCGCCGCCACAAAUGGACAGGCGAAUGCUGUGACACUUUUGUUGACCCUUGGAGCUACUAUUACCAAAAACAAUGACAACAGAUCAUUUUUCGAUUACAUUUUAGAAAAACAGCAGACAGAGGUUGCUCUAGCGGUUAUUGACCAUGAGAGAUGGGAAGAUGUUAUGAAUACAUGCUCUGGACCUUACGGGUGUCCUAUGCUGGGACUCAUUAAGCAGUUACCAGAAGUCUGCAUGGCUGUUCUUGACCGCUGCCAAAGCCAAUCCGUCCACGACACACAGAGCAAAGAUUACUACGUGGAGUAUAACUAUAAAUACUUGCGGUGUCCAGUGGAUUACGUGCUCGAGUUGAAGCGGAAAGGAGAACCUUACACGCCGAUGCUUCUACUUAAUGUAAUGGUAAAGAAUGGACGAGUUGAAUGUUUGUCACAUCCUCUCUGUGUCAGCUUCCUCAAUGCAAAGUGGAAUGACUAUGGAAAAUGGUUCUGCACAGUGUACCUGUUAAUAUACAUGACAUAUCUUGGUCUUCUGACAGCGUUCAUAAUCAACCAAGAAUCUCUUAUACAUUUUGACAUGUGGUCAGUGGACAACGAUACACUAAAGAUGCUGGGAGGAAAUUACUAUGGAGGGUAUCAAUUUAGUUCUUUCUAUGUGAUCACACUGUGGGUUGUUACACUGUACAGCGUUCUGAACGUUAUAAAGGAGGUUUUCCAAAUGUUUACGCAGAAAAUAAGAUACUUCUUGGAAAUCCAGAACCUGUUACAGUUUUUCCUGUUCUCAUUUUCCAUGAUAUUCACGGCUCCCUUUCUGUUCAAAAUGUCUUUCCACUGGCAGUGGGAGACAGGUGCGGUAGUGAUUUUCCUCGCCUGGUUCAACGCUCUGGUCUUCUUGCACAGGUUUGAUUUCUUUGGCAUCUAUGUGGUGAUGUUUCUGGAGAUUCUGCGCACUUUAAUUCAGGUUCUGUGUGUGUUUUCAAUUCUCAUCAUAGCGUUUGGACUGGCCUUCUUCAUGCUUCUUGGAAAAGAGAAGAACAAAGCAUUUGACAACCCUGGACUGGCCUUACUAAGGACGGCCACCAUGAUGCUAGAAUUGGACUACAUGAAUUCCUUCAACACGCCCUACAAUGAUGACUCUGACCAGACUCUCCACUUCAGUAACCUCACUCUGGUUUUCCUCGCAGUCUUCAUAUUGCUCAUGCCAAUUCUACUCGUCAAUCUACUGACUGGUUUGGCUGUUGGUGACAUUGUUGCAGUUCAGAGGGAUGCGCGACUCAAGCGCCUAGCAAUGCAGGUUGAACUCCACAUGGACCUGGAACGCAAAAUGCCGCUAAGCCUGUUAGCAAAGGUAGACAGGGUCACACAGAAAAUAUACCCAAACAAGAACGCGAAUACAUUACAUACUCUAUGGACCAAAGUUACAAACAACCAUUAUGACGUAGCAUCUACUACUGGUCCUCCGAGUCGAAACUGCGUCCUCAAUCGGGAACUCUUCAAACAGAAACAAAGGAUCAAGGAGGUGAGCGGCACGAUAGACAAGUGUUACGAGCUGCUGCGUCUGGUCAUUCAGAAGAUGGAGAUUCAGACUGAGGACGACGUGUGGGACGAGGGCGCCAGAUCGGCGACAGGACUCCUCUCCGUCAUCCCCAAUUCUAACAUCUUGACCAGCACCAUCUUCCGCCAAGCUGCGGUCGUGUCCAAGUGGAAGAGGAGCGUCAAUCGAAGGAAAUAGAGAACUAAUCUGGAAAUAAGAUUUCGCAACAUGAUGAACGAGGCUAGGGAUUUUCGAAGCUAUCUUAGCUCUUCGAAAUCGUAAAGCCAUAGUAGGAUAUGGCGUUAAUACAGCACCCGCCAUGGUGACGUCAUAAAUGACGAUGGUUUGACGAUUUCGUAGCGCUAAAAUAGCUUCGAAAAUAUGGGCCCAGGGCAAUAGCCAACAUGCUUAUCUUUAUUUUAUACAUUUUAACAUUUUGGGGUUAAUUAACUGUGGGAGCGGAGGUGGUUGGUGUUGGAAGGGAUUCUGCUCACAAUAUGUUACAUAAUCGCACCUGAUACACAUCAAUAUAUGUAUGCACUGUUGAUAUUAAGAGUAAAGGAUGUUGCUAUAGUGCAGAUUUAGACUUAUAAUGAUAAUAAGCUAUGUUUCGGCAAAUCACCUUGGAAAAACUGUAUACAGGACUUCACUGAAAACGCAUUUAACCUAUUCUUAAUUGCUAUUGCUAUAGCAUGUAUGCUGUCUAUAAAAUACGCAACAACCCUACCCCAAGUAUACACUAUUUAUUACCUACAUGAAUACAUACAGUUAUACAAACUCUGUUAAAUCUUAUAUAUUGUUCUUCUCCUCUCCUUUAUCCAUCUACAUAUCUGACUGGUGCAUUUCCACUAGAGUUCAGUAAUACAGCUAUAAUAGAGAUAUUACAACUUCUGUGCAAGUGAAUUAGUUACGACACUGAAGGUUACACACCACCAUUAAUUACUACAUGCAGUUCAAUACAAUUACUAUGUCAGAAUAUAUUCUAAUACAACACUAUCGAGAGGGUCAUGUGACUACAAAUUUAGGGAGUGUUCUCAAGUGACAAGUACCGUGUACAAAAUCAACAUAGGUAGACCACGAACGUUUUAAAUUAACGGUGCCUAUGCCAGAGCACCGCCUCGUGUUGCUAUUAUACAAGUCGCACUGUACCACUUGCUCAGUUGUUGUCAGUUAGUACUACAUAUAACAAGUAACUUUAAACCAAUGGGUUAUUUAAAUACUGCAGAGGUCAACCUACGUCUAAUCAAAGCACGAUUACCUUGAUAUCUUAGACAUUGAUCUACUAUUAGCUGGCGCAAUAAACCUACCAAUUGAAGAAAACUAUUUCCUUUUUAAAGCAGUAUAUAAAUAUAUAGCUGCAAGUAAGAGAUUCGAGUUGAACUAACUUAUUAUUCUGAUUUUUACUGCCACAUAUAAUGUUUAGCUCCAACAAUAGGAUCAUCACUAUCAUAAUUUUUCUUGCCUGUCCCAUUUCUAUCUACUCUCUACCUUUUAUUACUAUAUAUUAAUAAAUAUUAAUUAUGUUAAAUACUUUAUCCCAUUUGACAUUAUGUUAUUAUGUUAUAUAUAUGAUUAUGAAUAUUGAUUAUUGUCUGAUGUCCAUCUUGUUUAGGAGAGCACUUAUAUAGGCUCUGCCUGUUGUGCAAUCUUUUUUACUUUUUUCUGAUCAAUAAAAUAUUUCAAAACAAACUAACUCAAAGCAAUAUUUCAGAAAACAUAUCAGAAUUGUGUAGUUUUUUUUUUAAUUAUGAGGAACUAUUUCCUUAACCAGACUAUAUUAAGCUGCUUCAGCAAGUAACGACAUGACGAAUAUUGGUGUGUUACCUGAACUCAAUAAAAUAUCGACCACGUGGGUAUUAGUUUUGCACUAAUAUCACUGUUAUGUAUUUCCGUUUGUGUCUUCAAAACAUUUUAAUUGCACUACUUUAAACUGAUAUGUUAUAUUAUCAUCAUUUGCGAAUACACUGAAUUUAAUUUUUGAAUAUAUAUUAUUUCUGUUACCAAGAGAAAAUGCCUUCAGUCUAGUCCGUUAUUUUGACAUUUCUUCACACAUACCUACCGACAACUGAGCCCCAUUCUACUUUAUAAAUGCGUUGUUUUUCUAACAGUCAAUUUGUGACAUUAAAGUUUAUUAUUAAUGUAAUUUACUACACGAAUUUGGUUCCCGCCGCAAUAAUUAUAUUACUGCACAACUAUUACUUACUAUAUAACAAAUAGGUAUCUGACGUGCGCUUAGAUGAAGUCAUAUCAUAACUGACAAAUCGAUGGUCGAAUCUGUUCUGUAAUUUACACAUUUACGUCAAAAUUAAAAUAACCCAUCUUAAAGCAUGCUGUCUCCAUUUCAUAAUAGAAGCGGAUCCAGAGUUAUUUUUGUAAGCUGUGCAGCGUACCAACUUCAAUUGCAGUGUUAUGGAUGUGAUAUACAACCUAAGAAAUCCACUCAUGCUUUUGGUUAAUUGGUAAAUUUUGAAAAUGUGCUACGUUUGUUCUUUUGAUCAGUUCCAAAGAAUAUCAAAUGUGGGUCUGAAAGUACCAAGGCAUGAUAUCUUUUUCUAACAGAUAAAACCAUAGACCAAAUAUUCGACCACCUUUUUCGUGCAAUAGUUUUGUUGUGCAAGUCCUCUUUAAGAUCCAAUUCCAAUAGCCUCCCUGCUCACUAUGGUGACGUUUUGUGUAUCACAGACAAUCAAAGCCUUAUCAAUACCUAAUUGAGGAUUAAAAUACAUUUACGUAUAUAUAUGUAUUGCUAUACAAUUUGUGUCCAGUGUCGUUUGUUACAAGUGUAUCCGUCCAUCUGUAAGACAGUAUGUUUUAAAUGUUCGUAGUUUACUAGACAUACCACUAUUCCAUACUAACAUCACUGACCAUUGAUUGACGUUUACCUAAAUUAACCAAAUACUUGCAGGCUUGUGGGAACGAUAUCUGAAGUGUGGGGCACAAUGUCUACUGGACAUGAGGGAGGCUCAAUCCCAAUUUUUAUCUUUAUAUCGAGAGAAAACAAAAAUUCGUCUUCAAAUGGAGGACCUUUUCCCUCCCUCCCCCACUGGCGGCCUUCCCGUUCCUACGGACCUGCUCUGAAAUGAACCAAUGGACAAUUUGUGUUAAUGUUGACGAUAUGGAAUACCACGGGGAGAUAAUUCUGAGUGAGCAGAUUCUGGAUGAAUUGCCUCCCUAGUCGUAGUUUCAUUGUUGUGUGUCGGAUGUGUGUGAUAAUUUCAAGAACCAGCCACGGUGGCGCAGUGGUAAGCCAUCGGACUACAGGCUGGUAGGUAAAGGGUUCGCAGCCCGGUACCGUCUUCAAACCAGAGCGAGUUCUACUCAAUGGGUAGAUGUAAGGCCACUACACUCUCUUCUCUCUCACUAACCACAAACAAACUUACCCACUGUCCUGGACAGACAGCCCAGAUAGCUUAGUUGUGUGCCCAGGACAACGUGCUUGAACCUUAAUUGGAUAUAAGCACGAAAAAAAGUUGAAAUGAAGUUGUUUUGACAAAUAAUAUUACUCAUGCAUUCCAUAAUUUGGCCUUAAUAUAAUUGCAUGUUUUGCAACGUUGGGGAUGUAGGCAUCAUAGAAGAAACUGAAAAGAAAAGAAGACCGUUUUAAAAGUAUCUGGUAUGAUUGACGUAACUGUGACUCGUGAGUGCCUGCAGUUACAGACUGACUCUUGGACUCUGACUGGUACAGAGAUAUGUUUUGCCUACGAUACGUUGUGUAGAUGUUACUUUGUAUUUUUUUGUAUUUUGUUGACUUUGUUAAAACUAAAUAAAUUCGAUAAACUAUAA